CUGUCUUCCAAACAUGGCUCUCUCAGAAGAUUCAUCAGCAGAUGAACCAACACCUAUUCUAUUCUAUUCUAUUUGCUUCUAUUCCCCAAACUCCUCUCCAUUCACAUCACCAUCAUCGGCAAACCCUCGCCGCCGCAGACGCCACCACUUUCAUUCUCCGACCACCCACCCUCAACUCAAUUUCAACACCGUUGAUCCGACCCGAAUGGACUCUGCCCGGUAGCACGGAGACAAAAUAAUUGUGCAAACUCGGGAAAAAUAUUGCUAUAUGAGGGUUUUCCCUCACCAGUAGUUGAAGGGGUGCCGGAAACCCGGCCUGUUGUGUAAAAUAAGCAUUUAAUGGAUGAUUUAGGCUCUACUACCGGUUUUGAUGGUCUCAGCAAUGCUGUGAGGAGGAAGAGGAGUCAAACUUCGCGCAGGCCUCGACCUGAUUCACAGCCUGUUUCUGAAGGUCAUGAACUGUCUCCCUUGUCGUCGACGCCUUCAGAAGAUGCCGGCAAGGCCUCUAGUGACGAAAAUGCUGUUUACGAUACUAGUUCCAAGAGGAAAGAAUUCAAUCUUAACUCUCAUGCCUCCUCUGCUACCAGAGCCGACGACGAUAAAUCACAUAGAAGAGGUUUCCAUGCUUUUUAUAAUAGUGAGCCUGGACGGAGCGGUUCAUUUAAUAGACGCAGUAGUGAAGGUGUUCUUGCUCCAGCUAAUUGGAAAGGUUCUAGCAAAUUCAAGGAUAGCUUGGAUUCAGAGCUAAGCAAUGCAGAUGUUUAUGGUGGGAGGAGUUUCGAGGGUCCGAGUCUGGGGCAGUUUGGCAUUUCUCAGGAUGGAUUGGGGAAUGAGAACAGGGUUAAGAAGGUUAAACUGAAGGUUGGCGGGGUGACGCGUACUAUACAAGCCAACUCUGCAUCCAAUGGUGGUUCAGGAAGUGGAUCAGCUACAAAAAGCUCUCGCUCAUCAGAUGCGCCGAGGCCACGCCAAAAGCAACAGAGUAAUUCAGACGACAAUAAUUCUCCUUCUGAUAAGAGGAGUGGCCUCCAAGGCCUUCCGUGGAAGGAUUUUUCAAGGGGUGGCUUUGGUCUUGGGAAGGAGGAUUCAAUGGGGAGGAUAUCUGGAAAGAACACAUCUGGUAAGCAAGGAGACAAGUCUGAACCAGUUCGGAAGAGCAAGCGAGUGCCGAAGAGACGUGUGCUAGAUGGGGAAUUUGGUGAUGAAGACGACGAGGAUGAUGAGAUUCGGUACUUGGAAAAGCUGAAAACUUCAAAAGUUUCUGCAGUUUACAGAGAUGAAGAAGAAUUAAGCAAGAAACAUCGAAAACUCUCCAGUGUCUCUAAUAUGGAAAAUGCUGCCUCAUCAAGGUCAGGCAAAGAUGGUAAGAAAAGGUCUAGAUCUGAUAGAGUGUAUGAGGAUACAGAUUAUGAGGGUGAAGAGGAAUCAGGGUCUGAUGGUGAGCUUGAGGAUAAGAAAAAGAAAAAACAGAAGAAGGAAUCUGUUGAUGUAUUAAUGGACAGUAAGAGGGAAAUGACUCUUACAACACGUCAACGGGCUCUUCAAUCAAGCAGAGAUGCUUGUGCAACUGGUGGAAGUCUAAUUGAGUUUCCCAAUGGAUUACCACCUGCUCCGUCUAGAAAGCAAAAGGAGAAGCUUUCCGAAGUGGAUCAGCAAGUAAAGAAAGCUGAGGCUGCACAGAGGCGUAAAAUGCAGGUUGAAAAGGCUGCCAGGGAAUCUGAGGCUGAAGCUAUCCGAAAAAUUCUUGGUCAAGACUCCAGUAGGAAGAAGCGAGAAGAUAAAAUUAAGAAACGCCAAGAAGAACUGGCACAGGAGAAGGCAGCCAAUGCUCAAAAACUUCCACCAAAUACCAUCAGAUAUGUGAUGCGUCCUACUGGGACAACUUUGACUUUCCCUGAGGAGAUGGGGCUCCCUGCUAUUUUUAACUCCAAGCCAAUCAGUUAUCCUCCCCCUCGUGAGAAGUGUGCUGGUCCUUCUUGUACGAAUCCGUACAAGUAUCGGGAUUCGAAAACGAAGGUUCCUCUUUGCAGUCUCCAAUGCUAUAAGGCUGUCCAGGGGAAGACGGCAGAUGAGAUUGUCCAGGAGAAGAUGGCAGCUGAGGCUGUACAGGAGAAGACGGAAGCUGAGGCUGUACAGGAGAAAACGGCAGCUGAGGCUGUACAGGAGAUGACGGCAGCUGAGCUUGUACAGGAGAAGACGGCAGCUGCGCCUGAAACUAUGUCUUGAUGUUCUGAAUGCUCCUCUAUUGCUGGCUUCUGCCAAUUAUGUGGUACCAUUUUCAUCUUUGAUGGAGAAAAGCGUUUGGGAGAGAGAUCAUAUUGCGGAUUGUUCAUUAACUCUUAUCAUCUUUUGUUGUUAUCAUUGUUAGUUUUUUAUUUAUUUUAAACAUGCUGGUAUAAGAGGUUUUGUGACAAUGGUAUCUAGUUAUUUCCCUGGCAUUUUGGCAAGUAAACUUGCAAUAGGGAAAACUGAAGGAACUUCAGGUAGUGUUGUUAUUUUACUUCGAUGUUACCAGUGUUUCUCUGUCAGUAUCACUGGCUUAUGCUA